CUCUCGUCAAUUCUCCAUCUCGACGUUUACCAACUCCAUCGUGAUCGAUUAGCGGCUGGCCUCAGUAUUCUACCAUUGUCAUCCUGAGCAACGCCAGCGUCAUCGUCAUCAAGGAUGCCGAAAGACACGCACCGCUCAAGUAUGCGCACGUCCGCUCAGAAGUGUAGAACAUUCACUUCUAUCGGAGCUGGCUUUAAGCGUCCCCCAUUACCGGGACAACCGUUGAUGGAAAAGACCAACAUCGGAACGUCGGCCAAGAUUCAGCAAACUAUCCCCGCAUAUGAAGAUUUCUAUCACGACAAACCGUCCUCGACCAGGGCCUCUAAGCAGCGCAAAAUCGAUGACGCUCCCUUCCCGUCUCAAAUAGGCUCUACGUUGGAUGAAUUCCGACAAGAAGAAUUUCUCAUUCAGAAAGUCCAAACGCGCACCGAUCACAUCUUGGAGGCGGAGGAUCCGGGGGUCGUGAUGAACGAUCAAAACGAACCACAUGAAGUAUCCGACGAUCAUCAUUCCGCCGACCUGGUCCUCCAAAGCGAAAAUCAUCAUCACGCAACCUAUAAAUCUUAUCCACCUCCAUCACCCGAUUGCUCCCCACGAGCCGCAAAGUUUCGAAGAAUCUGCGCCACCCCGGAAGCAGCCAGUGAUACCGAGUCGUUCGGUUCCGAUGCUACCACCUUGCAAGAGGCCGAAAGAUGUGACGGUCUCCCGGUCGCGUCGGCUGGCGACGGGAAUCUCAAGCUUCCAGCGUGCGAUUACUACGGCCAGGAUGAAACCGAUUUCCAGGACCUGGAUGUCCACUCAAGCGGGUACAUACCUGUCGGGAUGAGUCCGGACGAAAGAUUCGGACCACCUUGGAACGAAUCGUCCUGUCGUUCUGGCGGCUCUCCAGUCUUUUCCAACGAUCACUGCCGGGCGUAUUGGAAGAGCGCCGCUUUGGUCGAGGACGAACGCGAGACUAGCGGAGAUUUUAAUGGAGACGAAUCCAUAUCCGAUUCGAGUUCUACUACCGGUCGUUCCGAAUACUCGAAGCAGAAGAAAUCGGCGAGCGUCAUCGAUACUGACCAGGAUGUCGACGAGAUCGAGGAUGAGGAUACCUACCAGCGCUUUUCGUUCGGCGUCGCUAUGGAUCAGCGAGGUCUGAACAAGACGGACAGCGAGUGCAUGCAAGAGGCUAUCAGAUUAAGCCUGAUGGAGGGAAGCGAGCACACUCUUUACGACGGAUAUCUCGAGGAACCCGCAGUCGACGUCCCAAUCGGGUCCGACGACUGGAACCAGAAUGCAAACGCUUACAACGAAGCCGCGGGCUGUACUGGAGCGACACGCACCAACAGCUUGUUUGGAAUCCAAGAGAUCGUCGUCCCGAACCUCUCAAAGCUGAGCCGGUACGAUUUAUCGACCGCCGCUUAUCCCGCUACGAGCAAACACAGCCACUUUCUGGCCACGAUGGAGUCAGCCGUGGUCGGACGAGAAUCGGAGACGGACGAAGAGAAGGAGGAAGAGGAAGGGGAUGGGGAGCAAGGCGAAACACCAGCUAGCUCGACCCGAGUCUCUAUCGGGUCUGACACAGGAUUAGACAUUUCUCCAUUUGACCACGAUUUGAUCCCCGACUUCCUCAGCCGACCGGGUCAUGGGAUCGAUCACGACAUGCCAAUAACCGAUUCCGACCUGAAGAUAAUCUAUUCGACUCUACACGUCUAUACCCCCUUGUACAAGACGAGGGAUGACUGUGGCCGGUGGAUCCCUCGACAGGUUGCUGAAGAGCCGAUUGGCAGUCUUUUGAAGGAUAUCCUGGCCGACGUUUACGCCAUCAGAAGCAAGUUUUACGAAGGACAACGAGAUAUCGAAGGCGGAAAAGGCGACGCUCUUAUCGAUGCGCUUGAGUGCGAGAUCGCGUCUUGGACGAAUCAGAGGCAGACUGCCCCCUUGGAUUCGUACGACUGUGGAUCGUCAGGUUCACGGGAGAUGGAGGCCCGAUAGUCGACCCUGAACGGCCAAGUCGAGCCUGACCAGCGCUUGAACUACAAGUUCUAGAAGAGCACAGGUCGACCGCUGCAUGUAUAUUUCCAACGACGAUCCUUUACGAUCCAGGACCACCCUAGCCGAUCUUUUACGUGUCCAGCAUGUCUUUGCCAUCUCCAAGUAUAUAGUUGUAUUGCUUUCAUAGGUAACGACUGCAUUCUAUAUCACUUGCUAGCUGCUGG